GGGGAGGAUCGGGGUUGGAGAUGCAGCAGCGAGAGGGAGCAGUUUCGAGGAAGUGACGGACGUCGAGCGGGGACUGGCCAGAGGAAGUUUGCUCCACGGUGGUGCCGUGCGCCUCACCGAAACUUUUUCCCCCGUUUUGGGCGCCAACGACGCCGUGGAGCGGCCGUCGGGAUAGAUCGAGCGGCGGAGGGGGCUUUUUUUUUUUUUUUUUUUUUUGUAAUUUCCAGAGGAGUAAUAACUUGAAAUUGUGAGGAAAAGGAGGGGUGUCGCGGAGGAAUUUCACAAGCUAACCCAGUCCUUCUCCUUCGGGUUUUUUUUUUUUUUAACGGAUCCACAAUGGGGAAGGAGCAGGAGCUCCUCGAAGCGGCGCGCACUGGGAACCUGGCCGCGGUGGAGAAGCUUUUAUCCGGGAAACGACCGUCCGCUGCCGUCGGCGGCGGCUCGCACGGAACCGGCGGAAGCGGCACCAGCGGCGGCCACGCUGCCGUCUCGCAUCCGCUCUCCAGUCUGCUCAGCAUCUGGAGAGGUCCUAAUGUGAAUUGUGUGGACAGCACUGGAUACAGCCCGCUCCAUCACGCUGCCUUAAAUGGACACAGUGAAGUGGUGGAAUUGCUUCUACGCAACGAGGCCUUGACCAACAUAGCCGACAACAAGGGCUGCUACCCUUUGCACCUGGCAGCAUGGAAGGGAGACGUAAACAUUGUCAGGUUGCUCAUCCACCAAGGACCCUCCCACCCCAAACUCAACGAACAGAGCUCUGUAGACCAUAAAGAGUUCAAACGCUGUGGGCCCUUUGACCCCUAUAUUAAUGCCAAGAACAACGACAACGAGACGCCCUUGCACUGUGCCGCCCAAUACGGACACUCGCAGGUAGUGUGUUUGCUCCUAGAAGAGCUGACGGACCCAACCAUGAGGAACAACAAAUUUGAGACUCCUCUGGAUCUGGCUGCCCUCUAUGGCCGCCUAGAGGUCGUCAAGCUGCUGCUCAGUGCCCACCCCAACCUGCUCAGCUGCAACACGAAGAAGCACACACCGCUACACUUGGCCUCCCGUAAUGGGCAUCUGUCCGUGGUGGAGGUGCUGCUUGAUGCCGGCAUGGACAUUAACUAUGAGACGGAGAAAGGCAGCGCACUCCACGAAGCAGCCCUGUUCGGGAAGACCGAUGUGGUACAGAAACUUCUCAGUGCAGGCAUUGAUGUGAAUAUUUUGGACCAGAAGGGCUUGACAGCGCUGGACACUGUGAAAGACAUGCCCUCUCAGAAGAGCAGAGCGAUAGCAGCGCUCAUCCAAGGGCUUAUGAAUGGAAAACCACCUGACAUCGACCUCCCCCCUCCACCAAUCCCCCCACUCCUGGAGAGUCCCACCCCUCGAAACAAGGGCGAUCUGGAGAAAGUGAGCGAGUUGAUCUCUGGGCUGGCCCCGGGGCCUGAGGACGAGAGUCCCUAUGAAGCGCUGUUUGAAGCUACCUCUUGCCAUUCUCUGGACAGCCUUACAAGUGGCAAAUCCUCAGACAGGGAUUCUGGACGCCCAGACAGUGAAGCAGGAAAGAAAGAUCGGUUGGGACACUUAACACAUCCUGGUGCUGGUCUUGAAGAAGAGGUGAGCUCAGAGGCUUUAUUUACGAAUAGCAGUAUUGACGAGCGUGGCGAGACUGCAGAGGAGGAGGAGGAUCACACAUAUGAGUUGUUGCUGACUGCUCAAACUAAAGUCCCGCUGCCAAGCCAGGAGUCCCAGGUUCAUAAAGAUGAAAACAGUAUCCCGUCAAACAGCAGUGUCCUACCUCAGUGCAAAUCCAGCGCCCUAAAUAACCUCGGUACGCCAAACCCGACAAAAGAAACUCUGCAUCCCUCAGGAUGGGUGGGCCUGCAAGCAGUAGCAGAUAACUCCCAGCUCAGCCCAGAUCAGGGUGCGGGUGUCCCAGAACAGUUUACCGGCCUUCUGCACGGAUCUUCCCCAGUGUUUGAUUGUCGCGAGGAGCCCUUCAGGAUUCCAGGUGUCGCGCCACCUGGGCAGACCCAACAACAGUCAAGAGCCAAAGCGAAAGAGCAAGCAGCUUCGACGCAACAUAUCCGUCCCAGUAUGGCCGCCAUCCUAACAGACUGUGAUCCAAACGCCAUUUAUGCUACUGUGAACAAAGAGCCCAGGGACUCGGGGGCAGCGUCUGGCAGGAUGCGUCCUCCUGGGGACCUGAAGCUGGCCCGCAGCCUCUCCAAGUCAGACUCAGAUUUGCUUGUCUCACCUCCGAGUGAAGACGACGGAGGACUAGUGAACCGAAGUGAAUCAGUUUCCAACUGUAGUAGCGGCAAGAAAAGGCUUGAGAAAUCACCAUCCUUCACCUCCGAAUGGGACGAGAUCGAGAAGAUCAUGACGCUGAUUGGUGCUGGCAUUGACUAUUCCAGGGAUCAGCAAUACGCUAUGCCAGGUGCCUCGGUCCGAUUGCUGCUGCAGCCUGUUGGAGACUGGCUGGAGCUGUUGGGGUUGACGCAGUACGAAAGCAAGCUGCUCCUCAAUGGUUUUGAUGACCUUCACUACAUGGGGAGCAAUGUCAUGGAGGAGCAGGACUUGCGAGAGAUCGGGAUCACAGACCCAGGCCACAGAAAGAAAAUCCUGCAUGCAGCACGUUCCCUACCCAAGGUGAAAGCACUGGGAUGCGAUGGCAGCAGUUCCCUCUCCACCUGGCUGGAGAACCUGGGCCUGAACGACUACCUCCAGAACUUCCUGGCCAGCGGUUACCGCUCUCUGGACUCUAUCAAGAACCUUUGGGAACUGGAGAUCGUCAAUGUCCUCAAGAUCACCCUUCUUGGUCACAGGAAGCGCAUUAUUGCGUCACUAGCAGAGAGGCCUUGUGAAGAGCCGCCGAUCAAGCCACCUCGGUUGUCUCAGAUCAGGAUGGAGUCCUCCACAAGUCAAUCCAUGGAUCCUCUGCUUCCGUGCGGGGAACCAGUGAGGAAGAAAGUGCCAGAUAACGACUAUGACGUCGCUCAGAGACACCGCAACGAACGCCGCAGAUCCCAUGAGCAACAUGAGGAGCGCCACCGGGAAUCCCGUCUGAUUCUUCGGCCACCUAGUCUGGCGGCGCCGUACGCUCCGGUCCAGAACUGGCACCACCAGCCAGAGAAGCUCAUCUUUGAAUCCUGCGCUUAUGAAGCCAGUUACCUGGGUUCUAUGCUCAUCAAGGAGCUACGGGGUACUGAAUCUACCCAGGAUGCCUGUGCCAAAAUGCGGAGGUCAACAGAACAAAUGAGAAAAGUCCCGAUAAUUGUCCUCUCCAUCACAUACAAAGGUGUCAAGUUCAUCGAUGCAGCCAACAAGAAUAUCAUUGCUGAGCAUGAGAUCCGUAACAUUUCUUGCGCGGCCCAGGACCCAGAAGACUUGUGCACGUUUGCUUACAUCACCAAGGACUUGCAGACGAACCACCACUACUGUCAUGUGUUCAGCACUGUGGAUGUGAAUCUCACCUAUGAGAUCAUACUGACACUCGGUCAAGCGUUCGAGGUGGCCUAUCAGCUGGCUCUGCAGGCCCAGAGGACCAAGCAGCAGCAGAACCUAUCGGUAGAUCCUGCUUCGGAGCUCAUCGAGACGAAGUCUAGCCGACCUGUGCCCAAACCGCGGGGCAGUGUUCGGAAAUCGGGGGGCCACCUUUUGGAACAGGAGGGAGAUCCCCAGUCACAAAGCGGCGCCACGUGGCUCGCGGACACCAAGGAACCCAAGUGUACAAUCAGCACUAAGCGACGGCUCUGAGGCUUGUCACUCCCGGCACCGAACGUUUUCCUGCACCCGGACGCCAACCGGUCCCGCCAUUUGUUUGCGUCGUCGGGGAUUUUUACUUGUCGUGACAUCCCUCUGCUUUAUUGUCGGCCGUCAGGACCAGCAGCCAAAGGAGGGAACGAUCCCAAAACACUGUGAAAUGGUCGCUUAUCUUGCAAAGUUAGCAUUGAAGCACUUUUGAAAACUCCCCAAGCGCAAGAUCAAGUGCACCUUCUGCUUUCUUUUUCUUUUUUUGCCCUUUUCUGAAAAUUUCACGCUUCUUCAAAGAAGGGGGUGCAUCACUCUGUUAAUGUCUUUGAGUCCAAUCACUUUUCCUGUGUUUUAACCGUGUGCAUGUGUCAUCCUCCUUUCAGCUGAACCCCACCCCACACAGCCAGUUUAAAAGGACAACUCUCUUGCGUGACGGGUGGGAUGUUUUGUGACGGGGGGGAAAAAAGGAGAAUGGCCGACCAUCGCAGUCUAGAGAGCAGAAGUUUUUUUUUGUUUUUUUGGUCCGACCUGAUUGCCAACAUCGCUUUCACUUCCCGCCCUCCGGAGAUGCGUCAUAGCCCGCUGCAGGUGUCCAUCGAGGGCAAUUUUGUGGGGGAGGGUUUCAAGUAAGCCAGGUGUAAUUUUAUUUUUUUAUAUCAUCUCAUCAUCAACACGUGCAACUGUGAUUACCAAUCUUGUACAGAGUUCUUCCUGAAAUUUGACUAGACGUAACACUACAGAGACUGUUUUUCUAGGUAUGUAACAGGGUGCAGCUUUGGACUCGAACUCCCAUCUACUUUGAUUUGAUAUGACAGUCGACCUAAUGCAGCAAGUUGGUUUGUCUCCCUGUUCUUUUGUUUAUUAUUAACCAAACCUGCCACGCGGAACAGUACUUCCUUGAAUUAUUGUCGUCGUUUUGUUUUAAAGCUGCCGAGCAAACGCAAAAUCAGGGACGGAAUUUUCUCCCAGAUUGUUGACUGUUAAUGGUACUUGCUUGUCAGCUGAUGUGUGUGUGUGUGUGUGUGUGUUGUGUGUGUGUGUGUGUGUGUGUGUGUGUGUGUGUGUGUGUGUGUGUGUGUAUAUAUGAAUACAUUAGAGUGUGUGUUAUAGAGCUCGUGCACGUGACGUCACCGUUUUGACGGCGCCACGUUGCCGGUCGAAAAAAGCUGCUCGACGGUGUGGGGGACAUUGAACCGGAGCAGAAUAUUCGCAUUACCCGAGACUUGUUGUGCUCUUGGUUGUCACAACAGACGUGACAGAUAUUCAAAGAGAUCAUUUUAUGGAAUAUCAGAUGAAAAGUGGAGAAAAGAUCGAUGGAUUUCGGCAAUUAAACGUGAUGGAUGGUGCCUGACCAAAAUACACACAUGCCUGUGUAGCGACCGCUUCGUUUUAGGUAGGAAUUAUUCUUCUCAAUCACAAAUUACCAAAAAGUAUUUAUAAUGUCAAGUUGGAUCAUUUGACAACAAUGCGUAUUGAAAAAAAACCGUCACAGAGGUUUACGGAGGUUAAGUGUGGCCGCCAUCACUUCCAUGUAUGUUUUUUUUUUUUUUUUUAAUCAUAGCUAAUGAAUGUUUGUGUAAAACCAAAGGUCAUUUAUUUAAAUAUUGGUAUUUGUAUUGAAUACUGGGCGGGACUGCGACACAACUGGUAAAGCGUUGGCCUCACAGUUCUGAGCACCCGGGUUCAAUCCCGGCCCCGCCUGUGUGGAGUUUGCAUGUUCUCCCCGUGCCUGCGUGUUUUUCUCCAGGCACUCCGGUUUCCCCCCCACAUCCCUAAAACAUGCGACAUUAAUUGGACACUCUAAAUUGCUCCUAGGUGUGAUUGUGAGUGCGAGUGUUUUGUCUCUCUGUGCCCCGCAAUUGGCUGGCGACCAGUUCAGGGUGUGUCUCUGCCUCCUGCCCAUUGGCAGCUGGGAUAAGCUCCAGCACUCCCCGCGACCCUCGUGAGGAUAAGGGACUAAGAAAAUGGAUGGAUGUAUUGAAUACUAGCGGCAAAUAUUGAUGGAUUCCGGCAAAGACUCACGUGUGGUCGAACGCUUCCACGUUCACAAGCCGUCAACCUGUCUCUACGUGGGAUUUAUUCCUGAUUGAGAACAGAUCCAGACACAAAGUAUUCGUAUGCGUCCAGACUUUUAUACACUUUCAUAUUUUUCCGUGUAAAUCUCGACAACUUACUCACCAGAUCCACGUGUAGAUCCAGUUGUCCAAGACAAGCGGAAGCGAAUUAGCAGUCCAAUUUCUUAUCGGCGAAAACAUCGACUUCGGCAUGAAAUACAGGUCCUCUAUGCAGAGUUUAUCUAAUUUUUCCACGUACCGUCGUUUAUUUUCGCCUUCUAAAUGUCCGGCGGUAUCGGACAAGAAGAGUCUGGGCGUCGUGCUUCAAGACACAUUUCCGUGUCGUCUCCAACCGACUUAGCAUUGAGCAAUGCUUAGCUUGACCGGCAAUAUGGCGACGUAAACAAAAGUCACGCGAUUUUAUGACGUGGGUGCACGAGCUCUCUACAGUGCUCCACAUAAACAAGUACAGCGGGGAAUUCAAACCAGAGUGAGCGGAAACAUCCAAAAUUCUAAAAAUAGUUUGCGUUCAAAUCUUGGUUUCCAAAGCGAGCGUACUGGUGUAUGUUGAGCACUGUGCACCUGUUGUGGCUAUUUGGUACAUUAUCAGGCAAGUAGGGUUCAAUUUAUGGUACACUGUCUUUAACACGCCGGUCCCGUUUUGCCUUUGCACAUCACCGAGGAUCAGAAUUAAUAUUUUGGGACGAAUCUGAUGCGAAUGAUAAUUGUACAUGAAACUAGUGGUCUUUAUUUUGAUACUUGAAUGAGUUUUGCUUUUAUAGAUCUCUAUACAGUAUAUAUGUAUAUGUAUGUAAUUUUUGACUUCUGUCAAAAAGAGAUUAAAAGGACUAUGUCUUGUAAAGUUACACAUAUCGUGGUAAAUGCCCUGUGAUUAUUAGAGGCUGAGCGAACACGAGUUGGGAGCUCAAUUCAGGAGAGAAAAAAAAAAAAAGAUUGUACAUAAUCUUGGGCUUCCUGUUUUUUUUAUGAUUAUUUUCAUAAUUGUACAAUUAAUAAAU